UUCCUAACCUAAAACUACAAUGGCAGUUUCCGAGAAGAGCUCCGUGUCCUCCGUCAAUUCAUCAUCUUCUAAGAGGGACGCCAACCCAAUCAUAGUCAUCGAUAACUACGACAGCUUCACUUAUAAUCUCUGCCAAUACAUGGGAGAGCUGGGGUGUGAAUUCGAGGUUUACCGAAAUGAUGAGCUCACUGUUGAUGAGUUAAAAGGGAAAAAUCCAAGAGGUAUAUUAAUAUCACCCGGGCCUGGUACACCUCAAGAUUCUGGGAUAUCACUUCAGACAGUGCUGGAACUUGGACCUAUUGUACCAUUAUUUGGUGUGUGCAUGGGAUUGCAAUGCAUUGGGGAAGCUUUUGGAGGGAAAGUUGUGCGGUCUCCUUAUGGGGUUGUGCAUGGAAAAAGUUCUCUUGUAUAUUACAAUGAGGGCGGGGAAGAUGGCUUAUUUGCAGGCUUAUCGAACCCUUUCACUGCUGGUAGGUACCAUAGUCUUGUGAUUGAAAAGGAAAGUUUCCCAAGUGAUGUCCUUGAGAUAACUGCAUGGACAGAAGAUGGAUUAAUAAUGGCUGCUCGUCACAAAGUAUAUAGACAUCUACAGGGAGUUCAAUUCCAUCCGGAAAGUAUCAUCACUGAUGAAGGCAAAACCAUAGUUCAUAAUUUUAUCAAACUGAUAAAGAGAAAGGAAGCUGAAUCCAAGAAGUAGAAUCCGAAUGUAAGAAAAUUAACUUUAAUUGAAAAUUCAAUUUUACAGCAAUCUUCUUUUGGGUGGACAAUUGUUGAUGAAACUAAGUUGGAGAGCCUUUAUUUCCCUUUGGUCUGAGAAGUUUCACAAAGGCUGUUCCAGGUGAUAUGCUCCAAGAGCAUGAAUUCCUUCUCCGCCGCAGCCUGAAAUUCUUCAGUAAAAUUCUUCUUCUUCUUCUUCUCUCUUUUUUUCCCCCCUUUCUUUUCGGGUUUUUGUUUUUUGGGGGAGUAGCUUCUAACAUUGACCAGAGUGCUGGUAUACACUGGAUUUCCAGUUGAUAAUUACGAUGGCAGAGCUUUGGUUUUUUA